GGCGGGGCGCGGCGCGGGGUAUAUAAGGAGAGGGGCGGGCGCCACUCUUUUGUCUCUUGCUGCAGCAACACGAGUGGGAGUACCUGGACCUCAGGCUCGGAGCAAGACCCUUCGGAUUGUUUUAAGAAAAUGGCAGACAAGCCGGACAUGGGGGAAAUCGCCAGCUUCGACAAGGCCAAGCUGAAGAAGACCGAGACGCAGGAGAAGAACACCCUGCCGACCAAAGAGACCAUUGAGCAGGAAAAGCGGAGUGAGAUCUCCUAAGAGCCUAAAGGAUUCCUCACCCCCGUUAUCUCCGAGACCCCCAGUCGUGAUGUGGAGGAAGAGCCACUUGCAAGAUGGACACGAGCCACAAGCUGCACUGUGAACCCAGGCACUCCGCCCCGAUGCCACCGGCCCGUGGGUCUCUGAGGGGACCCCCCCCCAAUCGGACUGCCAAAUUCUCCGGUUUGCCCUGGGAUAGUAUAGAAAAUUAUUUGUAUGAUGGAUGAAAAUAAAACACACCUCGUGGCAUGGC